GUAUCAAUGUUCCACGUAGUCGUUUCUUGCCUGUUAAAACGACAUCUGACUUGUUGCUUGUCAUGUCAAAUCUCUAUGACCUUAACGCCGGUUCUCUGACAAUGUCUCAUCUCCGCAGCUUUCCCUCAGUUCCUCUUGUGAAGAUAGGACAGCAUUUCCGAAAAGUCAAGGACUUUUUGAUGCGCAUCCCAAGUAUACCAGAUUUACUUGAACUCGACCACCUUACCGUAUCCGGUGAUGUAUGGUUCGGAAAGGACAUGUCUUUG